UUUUGUAAGGUUGGCUAUCAUGUAUCCAGCUCAAUUAGGCUUAGCUAUCAUUUGGCUAAUUUCCCCAAUUUUAAGCUCAUCAUCGUCAGCAUCUUCAGCUUCCUGUUAAACUUGAGGAUGGCUUCAAUCUCUUCCCGCUGGCGGGGGCUCUGCAAAUCUCGUCGGAACUUCACUUCCAAAACGCAUUGAAUUCUUCUCUCAUUCCUUCUGAGAAAUUCUUCGCUAUUGCCGAUCAAGGGACGGAGUUGUUAAAUCUGGCGUCCGAUAUCUGGAAGCGACUUUUCGCCCCAAGAAGCAGAAGAUCUGCUCCGAUUGUUCCGAUUAUCCAAUUAAAGAAUGGAAGUCAUCAAUUCCUUCAGGUUCCUUGGCUACUUCAUGAAUGUUGUCCUACUAUGUGGUUCUAGUGCUCACAUGGGCCCCAAAUUACUCACGGGUUGCUUUAACUCCUUCCGGUUCUCCAUCAUCACUAUAUUCUAUAUUCUGAUUAACCUACUUGCCCCCUGCUCCUCCCCGUUAGCUUUACACAUUCUUGGAGACAACAAUGGAUACGCUUGUUUUGCUGCCUAGUUUUAUCGAAGUUCUUGAUGAAGCUAAGAGUCUCUCUAGUUCUCCUGCCAAUCUUGUGAUUAUUUUUUUCGUUCUUGUUCUUAACCUAGCCUUUGCACUCAGUCUUUUUUGGUUCGUAGUUAUGCAUGCAUCUCCCCUGAUGAGCAAUCCAGCAUCAAUUGAGGUGGUCGAUCAUUAUCCAAGGAUGAGACUAAAGAAGAAGUUCUGUCCAUGGAACAAAACUAAAACUAGACAUGUCCACACAUCAUUAAGAUCUCUGUUCUUCUGCCUCUUCUGCUCUCUCUCCCCCUUCAUCCCAGCUUCAGUGUCUGCUCCCACCUGCAAUUCUCUCGUGUGUGACAUAGAAUAGGAGGAAAAACUCACAAAUGAUCCAUUAGAAGGAGAAGAAGAAGAAGAUAGAUCGGAGAGAAAACCCAAUUAGCUUAGGAAAAAGACCUGUGCAGUUCUUGAAGAUAUUAGAGAGAAAAUAGAAUAAGAAAGUCGCAUUGAGUAUAACGUCACGCGUGGCUUCCCAAAGUUGGUUUUGUCAAUUUGAAGGAAUGUAAAUAUAAAUAAAAGAAGGAUUGGCAUUCA